AAGCCGGCAACCUCUGGGAGCACCUACCUGGUCCUUGGCCUUGGCUGGCCCAGGGGUGAGGGGAACUGGCAGCAUCGAGUGACCAGGCGGAUGUGCUCCCAUGAGAGUUCCUUCCAACCCGCCCAGUUGCUACUACUGGUGGGGGUCCCUGUGGCGAGUGCCCUCUUUCUGGUCCAGUGCCUUCGAUGGCACUGUCCUCACUGGCUGCUGCGGGCCUGCUGGAAGCUGGAUAGCCAAGAGGAGCCAGUGGGCCAUCCCACUCCCCUACCAGAAAAUGAGUCCUCAAGGCAGUGCCCGCCGGCCACACUGCCGGAGAUGGCCGCCUUCUACCAGGAACUGCACACACCCACUCAAGGCCAGACCAUCAUUCGUCAGCUGAUGCACAAGCUGUUGGUGUUUUCAGCUCGAGAGGUGGAUCACCGUGGCGGCUGCCUGAUGCUCCAGGAUAUGGGCAUCUCUCUGCUCAUCCCACCAGGAGCUGUGGCUGUGGGCCGCCAGGAGCGGGUGUCACUGAUCCUGGUGUGGGACUUGUUGGACGCCCCAUCACUGUCCCGAGUCCAGGGGCUGGUGAGCCCCGUGGUGGCCUGUGGCCCCCAUGGGGCCUCCUUCCUGAAGCCCUGCACCCUCACAUUCAAGCACUGUGCCCAGGAGCCCAGCCAUGCCCGUACCUACAGCAGCAACACAACCCUGCUCGAUGCCAAGGCCUGGAGGCCCCUGGGGCGGCCUGGGGCCCACACCUCCCGGGACGAGUGUCGCAUCCAGGUCUCCCACUUCAGCCUCUACACCUGCGUGCUGGAGGCGCCGGCGGGCCGGGACGCCCGCAAAUGGCUGCAGCUGGCUGUGUUCUGCUCACCCUUGGCACCGGCGCAGUCCCACCUGCAGCUGCGCAUCUACUUUCUCAACAACACUCCCUGUGCCCUGCAGUGGGCCAUGGCCAAUGAGCAGCCCCACGGUGGGCGCCUGCGCGGGCCCUGCCAGCUCUUCGACUUCACGGGGGCCCGAGGGGACCAGUGCCUGAAGCUCAAGUACAUCUCUGAGGGUUGGGAGAAUGUGGAUGAGAGCAGUUGCCAGCUGGUUCCCCAUCUCCACAUCUGGCAUGGGAAGUGCCCCUUCCGCUCCUUCUGCUUCCGGAGAAAAGCAGCCAAUGAGAACGAGGACUGCUCCGCACUUACCAGUGAGAUCAUCGUCACCAUGCACACCUUCCAGGAUGGCUUGGAGACCAAGUACAUGGAAAUCCUCAGAUUCCAGGCAUCAGAGGAAGAAUCCUGGGCAGCACCACCCCCUGUCUCUGAGCCACCCCCAUGCAACAGGCUGCCUCCAGAGCUCUUUGAGCAACUGCAGAUGUUGUUGGAACCAAACAGCAUCACAGGCAAUGACUGGCGUCGGCUGGCCUCCUACCUGGGGCUCUGUGGCAUGAAAAUCCGGUUCCUGUCCUGCCAGCGCAGCCCCGCCGCAGCCAUCCUGGAGCUGUUCGAGGAGCAGAACGGCAGCCUGCAGGAGCUGCACUACCUCAUGACCGUCAUGGAGCGGCUGGACUGUGCCUCGGCCAUCCAGAACUACCUGGGCGGGACGCGCCGCGGCAGCCCGGCGCCAGUCCGCUGGGGCGCCCUGGAAAACCAGGGCCUGGAGCUGGACGAGAAGCUCUGA